GACCUUUUGGUGCUAUGAUCAAUAAUGAUACAUGCUGAAGAAUAUUCAUGGAUUGGAAAUGGACACUGAUCUGACAUCCAUGGAUUUCACACAACUACACAUCCUCCGACCGCCCGGACACACGGGGGCGCUGUAGGGAACCAACUCCACGUAUCCACGUAUUCCUCACUCGCUGGGAUAAUUACCAAAGGCAGAAGAAACCCAGUGGGACCUUGGCCUGUCCUGAAACAACCCGAUGGAUCUAGAUGCAGACUCUGGGAUACACAACCCCAACACCACUGUAGGAGGGCCUGGUUUGGAGCAGGAGCUGUCUCUGUCCAGCGCCGGCUGUCAGACAGAAAGUGGAGGCCCCCUCUUACUACAAUUGUUGGAAUUUAAAACUCAUCUAUUUGAGGCUGUGGAGGAGCUGCAUAUUCGGAAGGAUGCAGAGACACGCUUUGAGGAUCAGAUCAGUAAACUGGUGUUGGAGAAACAGGAGCUGGAGUGGGAGAAGGAAUCCCUACAACAUCGCAUUAAAACAGUUGAGAACCAGCACACAGAGUCCCUCACUAAUGUUAAGAAGCAGUUUCAGGCCAAAAUCAGAAACAUUGAGGAGGAGAAGAAUAUAACAUUUCAGGGGAAAUACCAGGUCAGUGCUGAGUUAAAGGACAAGGAGAAUAACAACUUAAAAGAAGAGCUGAGGUCACUGCAGUUGCUGAAGUACAACUUGGAGAACAAAUCAAACGAGCUGGAACAGAAACUAGCCUUGCAGAGCAGGUCGAAGGACAGCCACUUGAACCAGCUGGGGGAGGUGGAGAAACGAUUCAGUGCUCUGUCCAGGCAGUGCACCAUGGUCAAGCAGGCCCAUGAGAAGCUAGAGCAAAAUGUUGAUGAAGCAAUGAGAAUCAAUACGAAACUGUCUUCUGCGAAUGAAAAACAAGAAGCAACCAUUGUGUCACUGAAGAAGGAGUUGGAGGAAGUGAGUAACAAGCUGAUCAAAGGCAAGAUGACCUCAGUCAGACAUGACAAGACCUACAGUCACACCGGCAAAGAGCAGCAUGUACAGAGGCUGCACCAGAAACUGAACAUGGAAACUGACAUGAACAUGAAACUGAGGGAGGAGAUUGUAGCUGUGAGAGCAGAAAAGCAGGAAGUAAUGAGGUCUCUGCAGCAUACCCAGCAGCUGUUGUUGAGCCAGACACAGACGGUAAACAGAGUAGAACUGGAGCUGCAGACACAAAAAGAGCAGUACCAGGCCCUUAAGCAGGAACACGAAGUGAUGCGAGACAAAAGCAAGGCAAUGGAAGACAAGGUGGUCCAACUGAUGGAGAGCUACGCCGCUUCCAAGACCGGCUGGGACAAAGAGAGGAAAACGUUUCUGGAUUGUAUCAAGAGUGAGCAGCGGGACCUUCGAGCAGCGAGGGAAGCUUAUGACGAGCUUCAGCAGAAACACACCGAACUGUCCUCAUUGGCCAAAGCGCAGGCACAGCACAUAUCUGAAUUAGAGAUGAGAAACAGAGGUCAGAGCUUCAGUGUUUCUACCCAGAUCUUCCCUCUUAAUGAACCCAUCUCUAGCUCUGAGCUGCCUGGCUUUGGCAGUCUGCAGCACUUGGCCUUGGCUCAGCCCAGAAACCCAGACUGUCUUGAGGACGCAGGAGCUGUGACUAAUCUAGAUGCCACUGGAGCAACUGGAGGACAAGAAGAUCUAAACCACCAUCAACGAUCUUCUUUCAGCCCCUGCAUUCAGUCUGGAGAAACAGGAAAUGACGCCAGCUCUAAGACUAGAGAGAGUGAUCCUGGUGUAGUUUCAGAUUUAAUUAAUACUACGUCCUCUGUGUCUGAUAAUGAUCUCAUGAUUAGCAAAGGUAGCGGUGAGAGUGGCACUACAUCUGUAUCAAGACCUGACCACGUGUCUAUCAACGGAUCUGUAGGUUCACUGAGCGAAGAAAAAAAUGACGGAGGGAAGAGAGGAAUGAGGGAGAGACAACAUGGAGGGAAGGACGAUGGGGGACAAGAAAAGAACAACACAAAAGAAGAGGAAAGAAAUACAGAUCGGCAGUGGGAUAGAGAAGAGGUCCAAGGAGAAGAUGUGAAGGAGGAAGGAAGUGCUGGAGAAAAAAGAGGAACGCUCACGGCCCAAACAACGGAUAGCCAGGGGUCAGCAGAGGAAGCAGGGGACACCAGAAACCCUGAAACAGAAAAAAGAGGUGGGACAGAUGGAGCAGAGAGAGGAGAGACAGCAGGACACACAUCAGAAACCCCAGAAGCGCAGAUACUGACCCAGACGACUAUCGAGAAGAGCAACGCGCGGCGGGUCGUUGACUUCACGGACACUGAGUCACCGCCGGCUGUCUGUGAGCCGUCAGGCUGCUCACAGAGUCUCACUCAGAAAGUCCCUGAGAAGGAUCCCGACUCCCGCCAUGCGGACAAAGGAUGUGGGAUUGGGAGAGAAGGACAGGUGCUCCUCACCCUCAGUUCUGAUGAUAGUGUCCAUCACGGGCCUGAUCCCAUCAGUGAAGUGCAAAACCUGUGUCAUGAUCAGGUCCAAACUCAAGAUGCUGAGCCACUUAGCCACCAGGUGUUUGAGAAAACCGCAGAGGAGAAGCCAACGGACGAAUCGGCUGUGGUACCAUUACCUGCUCAAACAAAUGGUAUCGUCAGUGUCCAGGAGUUAGAGACGACACAAACACAAGCAUCUGAUAAUCUCUCUGACUUUGCCAGUGACAUGAAGCAAACCGUUGAAAUGUGUGAUAAACAUGUGAAGGAAGAAUGUGUUGAAGUAUCUCAAAGUCAGGACAUGUCGGAGCAAGACAACGGACACCUCAAGUGUCUGGUACCUGAUGAUGAUGAUGAUGAUGAUGAUGAUGAUGGUUCUAGUACAUGUAAGAAGAGCCAAGGUCAGUCGAAUCUGGACACCGAAGAAAACUAUGAAAGCGAGACUGUCCAGGGAAAAUCGAACUUGAAGGAUGUCCGUGCUGAUACCGUGACGGACACUGUGGACCCUGAAUCGGAGGUGGAGUCCGGCAGCUGUCGGGACCGUAUGAAAAAUGACAAAAUAGAAGACGAAAGAGCUGCAGAGACCCAUAAAAGUGAAAGUUAUUUGAAGCCGUCCGUCCGCCAAACUGGACCCAGGUCGUCGUUCGGUUGUGUCUCGGUCCUGCAUCAGUUUGUUCAGGGAUCUGAACAAAAUACAAGAUGGUCUGGUGGAAGCGUCAGACAUCCUCUCAACACAGCGGCCAUGUUCGCCAAAAGCAAGCACAGCAGAGUCCCCUCGGUGAUUACCGGGGCGUCGGAUCUGUUGAAUGCCUCCAGUGUCUGUGGGAACGCAGCUUCCUCGACGAGACACCGGCAGGGAGAGUGGAAAGCUUUGGGGGAGACCUGCAGAGAGACAACGGCAGCGGCAGACACGGGUCAUAAACGGGUCUAGAGGCUGUUUCUUGUGGGUCAGCUCAGACUGCAACACCAUGAAGCUGCAUGGACGGCAGGACGUUCCCGAGACGGGGAGGCAGAACAAGUUUCUCUUCUUCACCACUGGAAAUGACGGGUAGUAAAAAACAAAAACAAAACAAGGUGUAAAGACACAGCAGCCGGUUCGCCAUAAGAUUCUGUUGUAAACUAACGUGAGGACAGAAUUAAAUACUGGAAAGUGGGUGUAAAUGUUAUAAUUAAAAAAAAAAGAACUGGACAAUUAUUCAUCACAAAAAUUGUCACAAAAUGAGUUUAUGGCGCCAGAUAUUUAGUUAGAAUGACAAGUGAAUUAUUUUCAGUCCACAACACACAGACACACGAUGAGAAUUUUUUUCUUUUAAAAAAGGGAGUAAUGAACAUUUUAAUCUUAUUUUGAAGGUGAUCUGUCUCGACAAAGCCUGUCCGUAUUUUUAUUUUUAUUUAUUUUUUUAUUCAUCACUGGUGUUUUCAUUAAACGAGCCGUUAUCUUCCCGUCAACCUGACACUUACCGACUUUUACUUUUCACCGACACUAUGUGAACAUUUAUCAUCGCAAUAACGAACAAAGAGAGAGAGAGGAGACGACCGUAAUAAUAAUAGUAGUAAUAAUAAUAAUAAUAAUAAUAAUGAUGAUGUUUUAUUGUGCAGGAGUGUGGAAAAUAGAAUAUUAUUUUAAAAUGUGUCUGAGUGUCUUUCCGAUGACAUCCACCCUCUGUGCGGUCGUAACUAUAGUUCACACCUGUAAAUUGUUUUAUGGGAAUUUUAAUAUCGUAUUACCACUGAAUUUAGUUGCAUAAAAUCAAAUGAAAAAAAAUGAAGAAACGAACAGUUAGACCCGUAUAGGCCUUUAAGGCCAACUCCUCCAUAUACUGU